AUUCUUUGGGUCAAAAUUCAUUAAUAAUUAAUUUAUUACUCUUAAGAAAACGUUUUUUUUAAUUACUACCAAAGCGUUAUAUAUAUGGACUGAAUAUGUUGAGCCAUCCCAAAUUACUUCAGUUCAACUCCAGUAUAGCAAUCUUAUUGAGAAAUCCUGCAUCAAUGAGAAAUUCACCAAAACUUUGUGUUGCUUUUCUGAUCAUGGUUCUUUUGUUUGGUCCGAGUCAUGGGUUACCACCUUUUUGGCCCCGAACCGACCUCACGAUGACAAAUAACCUUGGAGGUCCAGUUCUUACGGUUCAUUGCAAAUCCAAAGAUAACGAUUUGGGGGUUCACAUGGUGGCUGCCAAAACAGAUUACCACUUUUCAUUUCAGCCAAAUAUAUGGAAAACAACAUUGUUCUUCUGCAGCUUCCAAUGGAACAAUCAGGUCAAGCGGUUUGAUAUAUUUGAUGCUCCGAGAGAUCAAGAUGACGGUUAUAAAUUUAACUGGACUAUCAAACCCGAUGGCCCAUGCAAGCUUGGUAAAAAGGUUAAAUGUUUCCCAUGGAAAUGAUUUGAUAAUAUAUGAUUGUGAUGAUAAAUAUAUAAAGAUGUUUUUACCAACAAAAUAAAAAAUAUAUAAAGAUGAUCGAAAUAAAAAAUAUAGUUUCCUUCGUU